GUUCCCCCAUCAGGACGUGCCUGUUUGGACUCUACCGAUUUACCGCAAUAAGGUGGGCUUGCCCAGAGUUUGAACUGACACACGAGUCUCAUCUCGAAAGUAAUUUCGCGAGACCUUGAAGGCUAUAUAGCCCUAUUUGGAGCCAAUUUUCGGUUUUAUUUAAGAAGAAAGGAUGUUUCGAAAUUUUGGGAGCCACGGACGAGACAACCCGGCGUACACAGGAGGAGCGCCUGGGUCAAACACGGUAUCCCUGGGAAGCACCAGCACCUCCACUACACAACAGGAGCAGAAAUUUACAAUGGCUGGCAGUCAAUUUGUACCAAGCCUCAAUGCCAUCACAACCAACCAAGACCUCCAGUGGCUGGUCCAGCCUUCCCUCAUGCAUCCACCAGGUCCCUCACAAUCUCCAAUACCGCCUUACCCUUCCCUGUCAGGAGCACGGCCUCUGGGUCCACCACCUUCCCAAUCCCACUUUCUCAGACCAGGGGUCAUAAGAGCAGCAGCAAACACUACGCUUUCAACAAAGCGCAGGAGCGAUGAUCAUGUAAGAAAUCCUUACAUAUCAUUGUCUCGCGAAGAGGCGGAGAGACGAAGAAUAAGAAGAGAGCGGAAUAAACUGGCGGCAGCAAAAUGUCGCAAUCGCCGUCGGGAGCUGACCGAGACACUUCAAAGUGAGACUGACCAGCUGGAGGACGAAAAGUCCGUUUUACAGAAGGAAAUUGCUAAUUUACAGAAAGAGAAAGAAAAGCUUGAGCUGGUACUGGAGGCUCACCGUCCCAUCUGUAAAAGAGAGGACUCUGACUCCGAUUCUGACCCAAACCCAGCACUGUCCACUUUAGUGGGCAUCAAAAUGGAGCCGCGGGACUCCAGCAGGCCUGGACCAUCAAGAACACUGCCAGCAAAGAUGGAGAAGCCGAAACCAAAAAUCACUAUCCCUACCAAGCCUGUGACAUCGUCUGCUUCUGCUGUUGUCUUUGAGGCAGAGUCGCUCCACACUCCAGUUCUCAUAUCCACUCCCUCACUCACUCCCUUCACCGCUGGUAUGAUUUUCACCUACCCCUCUACCAGUGCCUCCACCACAUCCCACGCUACAUCACAUCAGGGAAAUGUCCACCAUUCUCAAGCCCCACAGCCGUGUGGGGUAGCUCAUCGCCGCAGCAGCAGCAGUGGCGACCAAUCAGACCACUCCCUGCACUCCCCGACCAUCCUCACACUGUGAUUGACGGCCCUGUCAUCCUGAAAACACUAAUGUUCAGUGCUGACACAGUCUAAGUCAUAGUGUGUGAGUGUGUAACAUAAACACUCUCUGGGAGACGUGACAGAAAUUAAAAUGAUUGUGAUUAACAUUUAAACACAAGCUAUGAACAUCUGCUUAAUUUAAUCUUUUUAGAAAGUUUGUUCUGCACUUUGAUAAAAUACAGAUUAGCGACAUUAUCAGGAUAUGAUUAUUACACUCUUUAGAUUUUUAAUAUUUUAAAUAUAGUCUUUAUAUUUCAGAUUUUAAUAGCUAUAAGUUGGCAUUAUGAAUUUGU